AUGCCCGUAGUAGAUUUGAGUGAGUCUCCACCUCCGGUGAAUGGCAGAAAACACAAUAAGAUACAGACAGAUUUAUACCUCGAAGAACUCGUUGACGUAGUCGAAACUGACACAGUCAGUUGUCAAACUGAUGCCAUGCUUGAUCGUCCACCGACACCGAUAUUUGUCCCUGCUAAAACAGGAAUGGAUGUAUCCACACAAAUCUUACCUGGGGAUCUGUUUGAUUUUGACAUAGAAGUUAUUCCAAUUUUGGAAGUUCUUGUUGGAAAGACCAUGGAACAAGCUCUUUUAGAAGUUUGUGAAGAGGAAGAGCUUGCCAGAAUAAGAGAACAGCAGAUGAGAUACGAGGAAAUUCGUGCUGCUGAUUUGAUAGAAAUGCAACGUUUGGAGGAACGCGAAAGACGAUAUAGGUGA